AUGAGCUUCACCGGGCUUGCUCCACCACCGUUUUUCCUUCCGACGCCCGGCCGUCCGUCAUUGCCAUGGGAGCAGUGGGAGCAGAUGUUCAACGCGUACUUGCUGGCAUCCGGAGCCGCCGCAUGCAAGCCGGAGCAACGCAAGGCUAUUCUUUUGCAUUGUUUGGGGGCGGAAGGCCAGCGUAUUUAUCAGACGCUACAUGCAGGGACCAGCGCCGCAGCACCGGCCGCGCCAAGUGCCGCAGCACUCGCCGAUGACAAGUCUGUCGUGGCCCCGCCUGACGAAUACGACUCUGCACUCGCCGCAUUACGGCACCAGUUUUCGACGUCGCGCAACGUUAUCAUCGAGCGUCAUCGCUUUCACCGUCGCAGCCAACACACAGGCGAGUCCCUUCAUGACUUUGUUGCCGCUCUACGGGAGCUAGCGUCACAUUGUUCGUUUGCCUCGCAAGAUGAUACUCUGCGGGGCCAAUUCGUUGCCGGCGUAGCUUCCACUCGCGUACGUGAGCGGUUACUGCUCGAGGGUUCCGCACUUUCGUUCGAGAAUUCUGUUCGAAUAGCACUUCAGUUUGAGCAGGCGGCUGAAGAGCUAAAGGAGCUUUCUGCUUCGGUCGAAGCAAUUUCAUUGCGGCAGCGUCGAAAACCAGCGUCGCAUUCUUCGAAAAAAAGGAAUUCACAACCGGCAGUCACCUUAGAGAAUUUAACGAGGAGCGCGGGCGGCUCACGUGAUAAGCCAUGGCAGUGCCCUUCAUGCCCUCAAAGGGUUCCGGAGAGGGGCACCUGGGGACCAGGCCCACCUGUCACGCCGCAGCCGCGGUCUCCUGAUGCGCUGCAGCCCACCACGUCGCAGCUUCCUGAUGCGCUGCAGCCUGCCACGCCACAGCCGCUGUCUCUUGAGGCGCUACAGCCUGCCACGCCGCAGCCGCGGUCUCCUGAGGCGCUACAGCCUGCCACGCCGCAGCCGCUGUCUCCUGAGGCGCUACAGCCUGCCACACCGCAGCCGCGGUCUCCUGAGGCGCUACAGCCUGCCACGCCGCAGCCGCUGUCUCCCGAUGUGCGGCAGCCUGCCGUGCUACAGCCCCCUUCUCCCAGGACGCAGGCACUGUCUCCUGGCAUACCGCAGCAGCAGUCAACGAGCCCGUCGCCAGUGCGACGUCCAACGCGGCCGACUCGAGAGCGCCGGCCACCGGCCUGGCUCCAAGACUAUCAGACCAAUUAG